CUCAUCGGCCCCACGGAGUUGUUCGGGGGUGGGAGCGCCUGUGUAUCCCAGUUCCCCCUUGGAAAUAGACUCUACUCCAGGAUUGUCAGCCUCGGUAUUCAGAGGGACAUCCCCCUGGCAUGGCCCGGGGACCGCUUGCAGGAGCUGUCGCCGUGCCAAGGCCCCCCCACCUCUGCCCCAAAGUCCCUCCCAGGGAGGCGCUGUCGCAACCCGCGGGACGGGGGCAGGGAGACUGGACCCAGAGGCACUGGGGUAGGGCUCGGCGGGGCGGGCCCGGGCGGAGCGCGGGGUGCGGAGGGUGGAGGCGGCUCCGGCGCCCGCUCUGCCCGCCGCUGGGUCGGACCGCGCUCGCCUUCCUCGCUGCCGCGCCUUGGCCCCAUGGACACCCUGUGCGGUUCCGGGGAGCUCGGCUCCAAGUUCUGGGACUCCAACCUGUCUGUGCACACAGACAACCCGGACCUCACUCCCUGCUUCCAGAACUCCCUGCUGGCCUGGGUGCCCUGCAUCUACCUGUGGGUUGCCCUGCCCUGCUACCUGCUCUACCUGCGGUACCAUGGUCGUGGCUACAUCAUCCUCUCCCGCCUGUCCAGGCUCAAGACGGUCCUGGGCGUCCUGCUGUGGUGCGUCUCCUGGGCGGACCUUUUUUACUCCUUUCAUGGCCUGGUCCAUGGCCGGGCCCCUGCCCCUGUUUUCUUCGUCACCCCCCUGGUGGUGGGGAUCACCAUGCUGCUGGCCACCCUGCUGAUACAGUAUGAGCGGCUGCAGGGCGUACAGUCUUCGGGGGUCCUCAUUAUCUUCUGGUUCCUGUGUGUGGUCUGCGACAUCAUCCCCUUCCGCUCCAAGAUCCUUUCAGCCAAGGCAGAGGGCGAGAUCUCAGACCCCUUCCGCUUCACCACUUUCUACAUCCACUUUGCCCUGGUACUGUGUGCCCUCAUCUUGGCCUGCUUCAGGGAGAAACCUCCAUUUUUCUCCGCAAAGAAUGUCGACCCUAACCCCUACCCCGAGACCAGCGCUGGCUUUCUCUCCCGCCUGUUUUUCUGGUGGUUCACAAAGAUGGCCAUCUAUGGCUACCGGCAUCCCCUGGAGGAGAAGGACCUCUGGUCCCUGAAGGAGGAGGACAGAUCCCAGAUGGUGGUGCAGCAGCUGCUGGAGGCAUGGAGGAAACAGGAAAAGCAGACGGCACAACACAAGGCUGCAGCAGCACCUGGGAAAAACGCCUCCAGCGAGGACGAGGUGCUGCUGGGUGCCCGGCCCAGGCCCCGGAAGCCCUCUUUCCUGCGGGCCCUGCUGGUCACCUUCGGCUCCAGCUUCCUCAUCAGCGCCUGCUUCAAGCUGAUCCAGGACCUGCUGUCCUUCAUUAAUCCGCAGCUGCUCAGUGUCCUGAUCAGGUUUAUCUCCAACCCCACGGCCCCCUCCUGGUGGGGCUUCCUGGUGGCUGGGCUGAUGUUCCUGUGUUCCAUGAUGCAGUCACUGAUAUUACAACAGUAUUACCAGUGCAUCUUCGUGACUGGGCUGAAGUUUCGUACUGGGAUCAUAGGUGUCAUCUAUAGGAAGGCUCUGGUUAUCACCAAUUCAGUCAAACGUGCGUCCACCGUGGGGGAAAUUGUCAACCUCAUGUCAGUGGAUGCCCAGCGCUUCAUGGACCUUGCCCCCUUCCUCAACCUGCUGUGGUCAGCACCCCUGCAGAUCAUCCUGGCGAUCUACUUCCUCUGGCAGAACCUAGGUCCCUCUGUCCUGGCUGGAGUUGCUCUCAUGGUCUUACUGAUUCCACUCAACGGAGCUGUGGCUGUGAAGAUGCGUGCCUUCCAGGUAGGUGCUGUCCGGGGUGCAUCCUCCUGCCUGGGGCACCUGGCUGGCCUGGGGCACCUUCCCUGGGGGAAGGUGUCCACUAACCUUGGGGCCUCCCAGCUACCUUGCUUCCUGAGUAUGGAUGUCCUCACCCCCUGGGGAAUGGCCAAGUUCCAGCCACCUUUGACCAGGAAUGCAGGAAGAGCUUCAGCUUGCCAGGGUGGUGUCUGGAAGGGAGGAGGGCUUGGUUCUCCAGGUGGAGGGUUGGAGACCAAAAUCCUGAUCCCUGCCUCUAACUGGACUCCUGGGGUCCUUGCCCCCAGCCUAGACAUCCAGGUCCCGAAAGGGGCACUGGUGGCCGUGGUGGGGCCUGUGGGCUGUGGGAAGUCCUCCCUGGUGUCUGCCCUGCUGGGAGAGAUGGAGAAGCUAGAAGGCAAAGUGCACAUGAAGGGCUCUGUGGCCUACGUGCCCCAGCAGGCAUGGAUCCAGAACUGCACUCUUCAGGAAAACGUGCUUUUCGGCCAAGCCCUGAACCCCAAGCGCUACCAGCAGGCUCUGGAGGCCUGUGCCUUGCUAGCUGACCUGGAGAUGCUGCCUGGUGGGGACCAGACAGAGAUUGGAGAGAAGGGCAUUAACCUGUCUGGGGGCCAGCGGCAGCGGGUCAGUCUGGCUCGAGCUGUGUACAGUGGUGCCGAUAUUUUCUUGCUGGAUGACCCACUGUCCGCGGUGGACUCUCAUGUGGCCAAGCACAUCUUUGACCACGUCAUCGGGCCAGAAGGUGUGCUGGCAGGCAAGACGCGAGUGCUGGUGACGCAUGGCAUUAGCUUCCUGCCCCAGACAGACUUCAUCAUCGUGCUAGCUGAUGGACAGGUGUCUGAGAUGGGCCCCUACCCAGCCCUGCUGCAGCGCAAUGGCUCCUUUGCCAACUUUCUCCACAACUACGCCCCCGAUGAGGACCAGCACCUGGAGGACAGCUGGAUCGCGCUGGAAGGUGCGGAGGAUAAUGAGGCACUGCUGAUUGAAGACACACUCAGCAACCACACGGAUCUGACAGACAGUGAUCCAGUCACCUAUGCGGUCCAGAAGCAGUUUAUGAGACAGCUGAGUGCCCUGUCAUCGGAUGGGGAGGGACAGGGUCAGCCUGCACCCCGGAGGCGCCUGGGUCCAUCAGAGAAGGUGCGGGUGACAGAGGCGAAGGCAGAUGGGGUACUGACCCAGAAGGAGAAAGCAGAGAUUGGCACUGUGGAGCUGAGUGUGUUCCGGGAUUAUGCCAAGGCUGUGGGGCUCUGUACCACACUGGCCAUUUGUCUCCUGUAUGUGGGCCAAAGUGCGGCUGCCAUUGGAGCCAAUGUGUGGCUCAGUGCCUGGACGAAUGAUGCCACGGUGGACAAUAGACAGAACAACACUUCCCUGAGGCUGGGCGUCUAUGCCACCUUAGGAAUUCUGCAAGGGCUCCUAGUGAUGCUGUCAGCCAUGGCCAUGGCAGCGGGUGGCAUCCAGGCUGCCCGUGUGUUGCACCAGGCACUGCUGCACAACAAGAUACGCUCGCCACAGUCCUUCUUUGACACCACACCCUCAGGCCGCAUCCUGAACCGCUUCUCCAAGGACAUCUACAUCAUUGAUGAACUUCUGGCCCCUGUCAUCCUCAUGCUGCUCAAUUCCUUCUUCAAUGCCAUCUCCACUCUUGUGGUCAUCGUGGCCAGCACGCCGCUCUUUACUGUGGUCAUCCUGCCCUUGGCUGUGCUCUACACUUUGGUGCAGCGCUUCUAUGUAGCCACAUCACGGCAACUGAAGCGGCUGGAAUCAGUCAGCCGCUCACCUAUCUACUCCCACUUUUCGGAGACAGUGACUGGUGCCAGUGUCAUCCGGGCCUACAACCGCAGCCGGGACUUUGAGGCCAUCAGUGAUACUAAGGUGGAUGCCAACCAGAAAAGCUGCUACCCCUACAUCAUCUCCAACCGGUGGCUGAGCGUCGGAGUGGAGUUUGUGGGGAACUGUGUGGUGCUCUUUGCUGCACUAUUUGCUGUCAUUGGGAGGAGCAGCCUAAACCCGGGGCUGGUGGGCCUUUCCGUGUCCUACUCCUUGCAGGUGACAUUUGCUCUGAAUUGGAUGAUACGAAUGAUGUCAGAUUUGGAGUCUAACAUUGUGGCUGUGGAGAGGGUCAAGGAGUACUCCAAGACAGAGACAGAGGCACCCUGGGUGGUGGAAGGCAGCCGCCCUCCCAAAGGUUGGCCCCUACGUGGGGAGGUGGAGUUCCGGAAUUAUUCUGUGCGCUACCGGCCAGGCCUAGAUCUGGUGCUGAGAGACCUGAGUCUGCAAGUGCACGGUGGCGAGAAGGUGGGGAUUGUGGGCCGCACUGGGGCUGGCAAGUCCUCCAUGACCCUCUGCCUGUUCCGCAUUCUGGAGGCGGCAAAGGGUGAAAUCCUCAUCGACGGCCUCAAUGUGGCAGACAUCGGCCUCCAUGACCUGCGCUCUCAGCUGACCAUCAUCCCUCAGGACCCCAUCCUGUUCUCGGGGACCCUGCGCAUGAACCUGGACCCCUUUGGCAGAUACUCAGAGGAAGACAUUUGGCAGGCCUUGGAGCUGUCCCACCUGCACACGUUUGUGAGCUCCCAGCCGGCAGGCCUGGACUUCCAGUGCUCUGAGGGCGGGGAGAAUCUCAGCGUGGGCCAGAGGCAGCUCGUGUGCCUGGCCCGAGCCCUGCUCCGCAAGAGCCGCAUCCUGGUUUUAGACGAGGCCACAGCUGCCAUCGACCUCGAGACUGACAACCUCAUCCAGGCUACCAUCCGCACCCAGUUUGAUACCUGCACUGUCUUGACCAUCGCACACCGGCUUAACACUAUCAUGGACUACACCAGGGUCCUGGUCCUGGACAAAGGAGUAGUAGCUGAAUUUGAUUCUCCAGCCAACCUCAUUGCAGCUAGAGGCAUCUUCUACGGGAUGGCCAGAGAUGCUGGACUUGCCUAAAAUAUAUUCCUGGGAUUUCCUCCUGGCCUUUCCUGGUUUUCAUCAGGAAGGAAAUGACACCAAAUAUGUCCACAGAAUGGACUGGAUGGCAAACAUUGGGGGCACCUUAAGAUUUUGCACCUGUAAAGCCUCACAGAGUAACUGUGCUGAAUGCUUUAGAUGACGAAACGAGCCCUAAGAGGUAAAUGACAUGCCUAAGGUCACAGCUCGUUUGAGACAGUUAGACUAGUCCCCAGUCUCCUGAUUCCUAAACGAGUAUUAUUUGCACACUACACUGUUUUCAAAUAACGAUUUCAUGAAAUGACCUCUGUUCUCCCUCUGAUUUUUCAUAUUUUCUAAAGUUUAGUUUCUGUUUUUUAAUAAAAAGCUUUUUCCUCCUGGAACAGAAGACUGCGGCUGGGCCAGGCCACCCCUAGGAAUUCCGUCCUGUCCUCUGGGGUGCUGCCUGAAUCCAUUAAAAAUGGAGUACUGAUGAAUAAAACGACAUGGUCAACAAUAUAUACACACUAGUCUUUUUGUGCUUGUUCACAAGGUUUGGGGAUUAGGAUCUUUGCAGGAGGCCAAGAGGAAGAUUUUCUACACAUGUACAUGGUUGUAGUUACCUGAACUUCAGACCCAAGAGCUCUUGGCUGCAAAUAUUGCCUUCACGGCCAAAAUUCCCUGGGUAAUUGCCAGUAGUUCCUGCUCUGCUGUGCAGAUAUUGUAAAAGGUGAGAAAGGCCCUGAAAUCUGACCUGGGGCCUCUUGGGAAAGCUGCUUUGAACACCUCCACAUUCAUGUCAUCCCUCAGCCCUCUACGCCUGUUUCUCUAGGGACUAAGAAGUACAUGAUGCUUUACUUCCUUGCUUAUUUUGAAGUCUGUUCCAGACAGUUCCUAUAACCGGUGAGGCCUCCAAGUCAUUCAUUUUCCUCAGUCCAGCCAAAGCUGAAUGUGUGAGCACAAAGAAGCUGAGAGGCCACCUCCUGCCCAGAGAGAAGCCACCCACAGUCCCAGGUUGGCAGACAAGAUGUGAGGGGUGAAUUAAAUUUGUUUUCUUGAGCAAGCCAA